GUCACUUGUAAUGUCCUAGAAUUUGCUGCUUUCACCAGAUAUCAACAUUCGCGACGUUUAUUGGGCUAUAAUCACUGCAGAAACAUGGCAACUCGUAUUGCGCCUGCUGUCAAGAAAGAAAUCCAACUGACCGACGCUGAGGAUCAUCUGUGCACUUUACUCGACGAAUUUACGCGCCAUCUUCAGGAGAACAAGAAUAUCACGACUGCAUGCAGGAUAAACGGGGGAUGGGUCAGGGACAAGUUACUGGGCAUGGACAGCAAUGAUAUUGACAUCUGUCUCGCCGAUAUGAUGGGUGUGACAUUCGCGGAAGGUUUUGUAGCAUUUCUGUCUGAGCAGAAGGAUCUUCAUGUCCACAAAAUCGCGAAAAUUGAGAGCAACCCUGAUCAAUCCAAGCACUUGGAAACUGCACGGACUACUCUCCUUGGCAUAGACCUCGAUUUCGUGAAUCUAAGAAGCGAGGAGUAUGCAGAAGAUAGUCGCAUACCGACUGAAGUUAAAUUUGGUACACCGCUGGAGGAUGCUCUGCGGAGGGACCUCACUAUUAAUUCGUUGUUCUACAACGUUCAUACUCGUUCAGUUGAGGAUUUCACCGAAAAGGGUCUCGAUGACCUUCAAAAUGGUAUUAUUCGGACACCAUUGCCGCCACGUGAAACUUUCCUGGACGAUCCUCUGCGCGUCAUACGAUGCGUUCGCUUCGCAAGCCGCUUCGGUUUCGAAAUUGAUCCUGAUCUGCAGCAAGCUGCCCAACUUGAGAUAAUUCAAGAUAGCCUCGCACAAAAAAUAAGCCGAGAACGAGUUGGCGAAGAAAUUGAUAAAAUGAUGAAAGGGCAGGAUCCUCUCCGCUCGAUACGUAUUAUUAAUGAUCUCAAACUCUAUAAGAGUAUAUACCACGUCCCACCAAAGAUUAUCAGCAUCGCAUCGUCUACUCCGAAAUCACAGGACCUUAAUUUGCGCGCCGCUACCAUUUUGCAUGGCCUCCUUACAUCCACUUCACACAACGAAGGUUUGAUGCCUUUGCAUCCUACUCUCCAAUCAUACGUUCUGCAAGAGCCCGGGUGUAAGGCACGUCUGUUCCUUGCAGCCAGUCUCUAUUCGUAUCAUGGAAUCACGUACCCGGAUCCGAAAGGCAAGGAACAAACCCUCGUCAAGUGCGCACUCCAGGACGGCCUCAAGCUUGGAAGACAAAAUCAUUAUCUGGACGGCAUACCUGCCCUAUAUUCUGCUUCUGACCUCUUGAGCGGUGUUUCGCUGGGGCAGGACAGGCUAAAACUGCCCUUGGAAAGGGUUUCUAUAGGGCUUUUGCUACGACAGGAAAGUGUCCAUAAUAUAAACACGGGUUCCCACUGGGCUAGCUCCCUUGUGUUCUCUCUCGUGUGCGAGCUUGUCUCGGCAUCUGGUCGUGAAGAAGCAGCAGAGUGCGUUCAGCGUUACAAUGCAUUGACGCGCCGAGUCGAAGAACUUGGGUUGGACAAAGCAGUGGAUGCUAAGCCGAUACUAGACGGCCAGGCGAUUGCCCGCGCCAUGGACGAAAAGCCUGGUCCGUGGAUGAAAGCGAUGGUUAACAGGGUGCUGGAAUGGCAACUCGGACAUCCCGACGGUACCCAAGGUGACUGCCUUGUCUGGUUGAAGGAAGAGAAGAGUGCAGGACGCAUCGACCUGGAAGAGCUAAAGGCCGCCACCAUGGGCAAUAAGAGAGUGCAGAAUCCAGACAAAGUGGCGUCUUCAAAGAAAGUCAAACGAUGAGUUCAAUUAUGUACGAAUUAAAUGGUAUAUACACAAAUUUUGGACAUCUAAUGGCAUAUAUGUGUUGGCUGUAAUAACCAGGGUCUUCUAGAAAUACAAGAAUUUACAUGGUA